AUGGUUAUCAAGAAAUUUGUACGAAAUAUUAUACGAAUAACUUGUUUACUAUGCGAUCUUACGCAUGCGCAUCACAGGAGCGCGGAAGUUUCAAAACAAACGCGAAGUCCGUGCAAAAUGACAACGCGGAGAAAGACCAGACAGAGUACGCUCAAAGGUAACAAAACAGAAGAAUCCUCCUCCAGUGAAUCAGAGUACUCAAAAACACUGAAAAUUAUAACAAAGUUGUCACAAAAAUACCUGCCAAGUACAGAUGACCCCAAAAAGAAACCUGCAAGUACCAAAGCAAGAAGUAAAAGGAGUCCAGAUAAGGCUUAUGAUGGAGAUGAGGAAAAUACCAGUCCUGAUGGAUCAGACACCACAACCAGUGUCUCCUCCAAGAGCAAAAGCAGUCUGUAUGACUUCGACGAGGAGGAUCCCGAACCCAUGACAUCAUCUCUCAAACAGCCUAAAACCAAGAGGAAACGGUCACCUCCAGUAAAGACUACAGUGUCAAAGUCGAAAUCAGCCAAAUCAAAAAAUUCACCUCCCAAAAUCACAUCUAAAGUUGAAAACAAAAGUAGUGUCCCCAAAAAAGCCAGAAAUAAGAAAGUACCAUCGUCACAGUCUUCACCUAUGGACACUUGUCCAGUAUUGCAUACAAACAGUAUUGAAAGUCCCAUUAUAAGAUCAAGCUUGAAAGGAAAGAAUGUUUCAUUUUCUCCAAAUGUUUCUGAAAUAAUUCCAGCAAGUUUUACACCAGUGGUUUCCCUACAGAGACUUGAAGUUGACAAUGUUGAAGGUUCCCAGAGACAGCUUCGAAAGAGAAAGCAUGAACCUCCUCCAACACAAUCCGUAAAAUCCCCAAAGAUCAAAAAGGUAACUCCAACUUCAAAAGACAAGCUAUUGAAGAAAGAAAAGUCGAGAGACAGCGGAAUGUUUCUUUCACCAGACGUUGUGGCAGAGAAAGAUUUCAAGGCCCGGGCUGUGUCCACUCCAUUUAACCCUUCAAUGGUUCCCAUUCAGACUUCUCUGAAUGCAUAUCGUGACCCAGCCUCACUGAAUGUGUCCCCUGUGAAGAAGACUUCCACCAGUGGCCCUGUUACUCCCCUCUCUGACUACGCCUCUAUGGACUCCAUUACCCACCAACUGACGUUUGAUGACAGCAUGACAGACAUUGACAAAAAUACAGCGCAGAACAUUGAGUUAUUUACUACAGAGGAAGAUUUAGCUGUCAACAGGAGUUUUCAGAAGUCAUACAAACCUGCAAAAAGGAAACUGGAGAAAAAGAAAACAAUGAAAGCAAAUGCCAAAGUUGAUGAAUGGAUGGAAAAGAUGAACACAGAGUUUUCAGAAAUUGAGGGAUUUGAGCUAAGCAUUGAAGACAAUGCAUAACUUAUGGGUGUUUGAAAAAAUUGUAGACGAUCACAAAAUGGAGCAGUUAUUGUUGAUUCCCCACCUUUUUUAUUGGCAUGAAUUACUUAAGCUGUAUGUUUUGCAAGAAACCAUUGGUAAGAAGAAGAAAAAAAUUAACAUCUUGCAUACUUUAGGAAUUACUGAGUAAAUGAUUUGUAUGAAGAAAAAAAAUCAGUGCAAAUUUUCAUUUUUAAUUCAAUGAAAACCUAAUGAACAAUUAUUUCUGGUUGUGAAUGAAUAUUGGAUUAAGAUGUCAGCUUUAGUCAUUCUACUUUUGGACAAUUAAGAGCUUUAGUAAUGAAAAAUCAAAAAACAUGGAUUUUUUUUUUUAUUAGUAACUGAACUUUGGCUCUUUUUUUUUUUUUUUUUUUUUAACUUUUUGCAGGUUUUAUGAGAUUGUACAGCAUGAACAUAAAUUUUAAAUUAUGCAAGUUUAAGAAUUGUUUUAUGGGGGUUUUUUUUACUGAAAAAAAAAAAAUAAUAGAAAGAAUUUUCAUAUUUUAUUUUUUCAAUUGAAGAAAUCAUGUAUUAAUGUUAAUAUGUAUUUUACAUUCACAUGUAAGGUACAUGUAAAUAGGCCAGUUUUAAUACGAAUAUGAUUUUGUAGUGUUUCAUUAAGACUUAUGAUUUAUGUGCAAUUUUGUCAUACUUUUGUAUCUAAAAAAUGGUCAUAAUAUGUUAAUAGCUAAAAAAAAAAUACCAGAUUAAUAAAAUCAUGAAUUUAUUGAUAUUAAAAACUAUUAAAUUUAAACCAUUAAUAGUAUUUUUAAAGAUUAUUUUGGGUUUGAAUCACAUGUUGAUAAGGAAAUGCAUGUUCUUUUAAUUUUCAUGUUCGUGUAUGUAGUUUGGAAAAAAAUAUUUUUUCCACUAAAAAAAUUAACCUUACAGUCUUUAUAUAAUAUAGUGUAUUAUAUUUUUUUUUUAGUAAACAGGUCUGAAGUGUACAUAUUUUAGUUAUCAUCCUGAUAAAAAAAAAUAGAGAAUAUAUGGUUGCAGUACACUGUAUUCAUGUCUUGUAUAAAUAAAAGUCAUUGGUUACAC